AAUGUAGUUGAGUCUCUUGAAACAAUACCUGAAAACAUAAAUAUACAAUUUUCAGGUCCACAUGAUUCUAUCUUAAUAACACGAAAUCGCUAUUUUGGUCGCAAAUAUAAGCUGCUGGAAAACCUUAUAAUGUGGAAAGAAUUCGUUCCUAUAGAUAUAAUUCGAUCGUUAUCCAUUGAUUAUUUACUUAAUCGACAUUUAUUACAUAUUUUAAAGAAUUCAUCGUUAAACACAGAUAGCGCAAAGUAUCAAAAGAUACUUAUAACUAUCCCUAGCGAUUGGCUUCAUCCUUCAUCAUUAGAAACAUUAGCACGUGGAGCUGCAGGGUAUUGA